UGUAAGCAAAGCUUUAGCAACCCGAAAACGCUCCACCGGCACCGGUAUAUGUGGCAGCUGAAGAAGGAUAACAUGUGCAGCUACUGUGGAAACGGUUUCACGACACGCGCAGCGCUCAAACAACACGAGCAACUGCAGCACACGGACUCGGCGCCACAAUUUGAGUGCGAGUUUUGUGGCAAGCGUUUUAAGAAGAAAUCUCUCGUGAAGCUGCACCUGAUAACGCACCAGCAGGAACGCAGAUUCGGUUGUGAGCAUUGUGCUGCAAGGUUCCACUUCGGGCAUCAAUUGAAAAAACACCAACAGGCGGUUCAUACGAUCGUUUUUCCAUAUGAGUGUAAAUACUGCGACCGUAAGAUGGUGGACAAAAACCGGUACGAUCUGCACAUGCGGACACACACCGGUGAAAAACCGUACAAGUGUCGGCACGAGUGCGACCGGAUGUUUUCCCACACUACCGAUCUUAUUAUUCAUCAACGCUCGCACACUGGCGAACGACCAUACAAUUGCGAGUUUUGCGACAAAUCAUUCGCCUCUAAGACGACACUCAGUUCGCAUCUUAAAUGCCACAAUACGCGGCAGUACACGUGUGAAGUAUGCGGUGAAAAGUUUAACCGCACGGAAAAUCUGAAGCGCCAUACGCUGCUUAAGCACGGCGAAGCGACACUACAAUGUGGAGCGUGCCCGAAAAAAUUUAAAACGAUGACAACCCUUAACAUCCACAUGCGAAGCCAUACCGGCGAAAAGAAAUACAAGUGCCGCAUGGAGUCGUGUGAUAAACGUUACAUUAACAUUGCCGAUCGUCGAAGGCACGAAAUGUCCGUUCAUACACAGGAAAGGCCCCAUAAAUGCUCCUACUGCCAAGCAGCAUUCAUUCGGAAACGUCAGUUAUGCAUUCACGAACGACGACACACGGGCGAUAAACCGUUUGUGUGUCCCACGUGUGGGAAGGGAUUCGUGGACGGGCAUCCAUUGCGUACCCAUUUGCGUUCAGGUUGUUGCCGGUCUGCUUCCAUAGACUGA